AUGUCUGAGCCUAUCACUGUUUGGUUGACACCUCCGGGUCCGAACUCUUGGAAGGUCAUUUGCGUGCUCGAGGAGCUUCAAGUUCCAUAUAAGAUUCAUUCCUUCAAGUUUGAUGAUGUCAAAAAGCCCCCUUUUAUCGACGUCAACCCCAAUGGACGGGUUCCUGCAAUUGUUGACCCGAACACGAAUCUGACCCUCUGGGAGUCUGGAGCCAUCCUCCAAUAUCUGGUAGAUGUCUACGAUACAGAGAAAAAGCUCACAUACGACACCCUCAAUGAAAAGCAUCUGCUCAAUCAAUACCUGCAUUUUCAGAUGAGCGGACAAGCUCCUUACUUCGGCCAAGCUGGAUGGUUCACGCACCUACACCAUGAAAAGCUGCCCUCGGCGAUUGCUCGCUACCGCGGGGAAAUCCACCGUGUCAUGGGUGUCUUAGAUGGCAUCUUGGCGGGGAAGGAAUGGCUUGUUGGUGACAAAUGUACAUUUGCCGAUCUUGCUUUCUUACCUUGGAACCUACGCGUCAAUAUGGCCCUAGAGACACCAUAUGGUGAAGAUCCGCUGGAACCAUACCCGAAUGUACAGGCCUGGACCCAGCGUAUGGAGUCCCGUCCAAGUUGGAAGCGAUCUAUGGAGAUUCGCGAUCGCUUGAUGGAUGAGCAGGGUUUGCAGCCGAACGGCAUGCCAAAGGGUAUUACCAACAUGCCGGAGUAUGAAGCGUUUAUGGCCAAAUCUCCCGAGGAACAGCAGAAGUACCUAGAUUCGCAGAAAUAG